AUGACACCACCAAUCGAUCCCCUCCGCGCACGCAUCUUCUCCGAACUAAACCUCCAACUAACACACCCCUCGAUCCCCAAACCCCUGCUGAACGAAUGCUCAAAACACCUCGCUUUCCUCGUGCGGUACUACGCCAACGAUCCUGACUGUAAUCCGCUAAGGGUGCCUGUAUGUGUACCGAGGGUGGGUAUGGGAGAGGAGGACGAGGAAGAGGAUGAUGAGGAGGGAGAGGAUGAGGGGGGUGUGGAAGUAGAGAUAGGCUUGAAAAUCGCAUUGGUAGUUUUCGAGGAGAAAAGGAGGAAAAGCUCUGUACAGACAAGGAUGGAGGGAUUGCGAAAGAUGAAGAUGGAGAGGUUGUACGGUGUGGGUAAGAUGCUGGGGGAGGAAGAAACUGAAGACGACGUCACGUCAACGCCCACGAUGAAGACGAAGAACAGUAUCGAGACUGGUGGUCCUGUUAGUAAGAUCGCCGGGGUGAGACAUUGUCCUCCUGCGUCGGCGUCUGGUAUCGGUACUUCUGUUUCGUCCACGGCUGCGAAGCCAAGGAUGCGUGUGCUGAUUGAGACGACUGGUACGCUGGGACAUUACAAGUGUCUGGUUGCUAAGCUUUGUGGCAUGGCCGAGCGUGUCGUAGCCGGACUGUUGGAAGGUGAUGAAGGCAUAGUGCGUGCGUGCGAAGAGGUCAAGGGGAGUAAAGGCAAGAAGGCGGGUGCAGAUGUGGGGAAGAGACCGGUGUGGAAUGUCGAGGUUUGCGGGGAGUGGUGUUGA